UGUUUUCUUAGGGUGCAUCCUUUGUUUUUCCGGUUUUGGUCUUUUUAUCAUAGGAUGGCAUUAGCUCUGUGUCUGCAGGUGCUGUGCAGCCUGUGUGGCUGGCUUUCGCUCUAUAUUUCUUUCUGCCGCCUGAAUAAGCACCGAAGCUAUGAGUGGAGCUGUCGGCUGGUUACCUUCACCCAUGGAGUCCUCUCUAUAGGCCUGUCAGCUUAUAUUGGCUUCAUUGAUGGUCCUUGGCCUUUUACCCACCCAGGCUCACCCAAUACGCCUCUCCAGGUGCAUGUUCUGUGUCUCACCUUGGGCUAUUUCAUCUUCGACUUGGGCUGGUGCAUCUACUUCCAGUCUGAAGGUGCCCUGAUGCUGGCUCACCACAUAUUGAGUAUCUUGGGCAUCAUCAUGGCCCUGGUGCUUGGGGAGUCAGGCACAGAGGUCAAUGCUGUCCUGUUUGGAAGUGAGGUCACCAAUCCCUUGCUACAGAUGCGCUGGUUUCUCCGUGAAACAGGGCACUACCACAGUUUCACUGGAGAUGUGGUGGACUUCCUCUUUGUGGCUCUGUUCACUGGAGUGAGGAUUGGCGUAGGAGCUCGCCUCCUUUUCUGUGAAAUGGUCUCACCCACUCCUAAGUGGUUUGUGAAGGUUGGGGGAGUAGCCAUGUAUUCUGUGUCUUGGUGUUUCAUGUUCAGUAUCUGGCGCUUUGCAUGGAAGAAAAGCAUCAAGAAAUACCAUGCCUGGAGAAGCAGGUGGGUUGAGGAACGGCAGCUAAAAUGUAAUGGACAUCUCAAGACGCACUAG